AUGGCAUCCCAAAAUGAAGUUGAUGAUAUGAUUAAACGUGUACAAACAUCUAAAGGUGUUCAAGGAAUACCUAUUCGAACAAGCAUGGAUAAUGAUACAACAUUGCAUUAUGCUGCUUUAAUAAGUCAAUUGAUUGUCCAUGCUAAACGUGUUGUCAGAGAAAUCGAUUCAAGUCAAGAACUAGAACAACUUCGCCUUCGUUCAUACAAACAUGAAAUUAUCGUUGCACCAGAGAGUAAAUACAUUAUGAUUGUAAUUCAAGUACCCGAAGCUGUUUAA